AUGGCGCAGAACGCGUAUCCACCUUCAUGGGAGAGCAGCUACUCGCACUCCCGUAGCGGUGGUCCCCCAUCGUACCCGGUGCUUCCCGAGCAGAUGAUCGGCAGCUACGUCAUUCGUGAGACCAUCGGCCGCGGUAGCUUUGGCAAGGUGAAGAAAGGGCGACAUGUGCACACUGGAGAGUACGUCGCCAUUAAGAUCCUCAACCGCCAAAAACUCAAGUCUGCCAACAUGGACAGAAAAAUUCACCGCGAGAUCGAAAUCCUUCAGUUGUUCUCUCACCCGAACAUCUGCCGUCUCUACGAGGUCAUCUCCACACCGACGGACAUGUACCUUAUCAUGGAGUACGUGGAGGGUGGGGAGCUGUACGACUACAUUGUGCAGAAGGGCCGUGUGCGAGAAAGCGAGGCGCGUUACAUCUUCCAGCAGAUUGUGUGCGCCAUCGAGUACUGUCACCACUUCCGCGUCGUGCAUCGAGACCUGAAACCAGAGAACAUUCUGCUUGGAACUGGGCUUCAGGUGAAACUAAUUGACUUUGGUCUUUCGAACAUCACGAAGGAUGGCGAAUUCCUCGCAACGUCGUGUGGGUCACCCAACUACGCCGCACCAGAGGUCAUUUCCGGUAAGCUGUACUUUGGUCCUGAGGUGGAUGUGUGGUCUUGCGGCGUCAUUCUUUACGCGCUGCUCUGCGGGUGUCUUCCGUUCGACGAGGACAGCAUUCCGCUCCUUUUCAGCAAAAUCAAGAAGGGCAAGUACGCCAUGCCGUCCAACAUGCAGGCGGGGCCACGGGAGCUCAUUCAGCAGAUCCUCGUCGUAGACCCACUCGUGCGACUGACCGUCCCGCAAAUCCGUGACAACGCCUGGUUCAAUCAGCGCCUGCCAAUGCGGCUGUCGUACAGUGAGUCCAUCUUCAGCGUGAAGGAGGACCGCAUUUUAUCGGUGUUGGUCAGCGAGACAGCGAAGCGGCUGGGGGUGCGGGACAGGGAUGUGCGCAAAGAGCUCGAGCACGGCUCCGGUGCCGCCUAUGUCGCCUACAAUAUUCUCCUGGACGCACGCCGCCGUCGCGAGAUCGCGGCUGAGGUCCGAGAGCUUGGCAUGUCCGGCGAUGAGUCCCGUGGGAUAAGCCACGCCAUCGGCACCCAGCAGACAAAGUUUCAGCCCAAGGCGAUGGAGCGGGAGCUCAACAUGGGUCUCAUGCUGACACAGAGCCCCGCGAUGGUGGUGCUGCUCGAUGAGGACGAUGCAACGAGGAACAAGUGGGCCUACAACCGCGGCUUCUUCGUGCCUGCCUCCACCGCAACCUUUGGCGACACGAAGGUGAGUGAUACGAGCCUGAGUGAUGUGAGCGGCAAUGGGGGUCCAGGCGGGCCGCCCGCAGUUGGCUCCUUCCGCAUCACCUCCAAGGUCUGCACCGGAUCUCUGAUCGGCUCCGGCAGCGCAGGCUCUUCCUUGCAUGCGCCAGGCAGUCUGCGCGGCGCUGCGGGGCUCACGGGCGGCGGCAGCAGCCAUCGGCGUACGGGCAUGCUGUCUGGCACUGGCGGAACCGCCGCCUCGCACCUAGGGGUGGGCCUCAGCGACCAACCGCGUGUCGGAUCUGUCGCCCGAAAACACGCCAUGUACACCGCGGAGGAGGAGCAGUUUAUUGUGGAGAACAACUAUGGCUGGCGCAUCGGCAUCAUGACGGACUGGCGGGCAGAGAAAUCGCUCUCCGCGAUCUAUGACGUCUUGCGCUCCUUCGGGAUGCAGUGGAAGGUGGUCUCGCCUUUCCGUCUCCUGGCACGGUCAACGGCUGAGACAUGGAGUGUGGUAGCGGACUCGACGCAAUCCCCCAAAGCAUCCACGUGGCAAAACACACUAAACUCCUACCCCAUUGAAUCCUCUGCACCGAUCCGCAUUGGCAGCCGCAGCGGCGCCCCAGCGAGCGGCAGCAGUGACGAUCAAGAGGGCGACGACGUCGCUGGUAGCAUGCUGCGCGACGAGGAGUCCAUCCACUUACAGGUGGCCCACACCCGACGACCAGGCGCUGCAGGUCGCAGCCUCGUGAGUGCACCAGGUGGCGGCUUCCACACUAACACGAGCCAGGUUGCGCGCGGCAACUACUUCGGCAACCUACAGGGCGGAGACGAGGAAGCGGCGAUGGUGGCUGGAAGAACGACGACGUCGAUACUUCCGUCAGUGCAUGUAACCGAGAGCGAGUCGGCGUCGCCGUCCUCGCCGUUUAACCCUCGCGAUGCGUCCUCGUUGGCGAGCACCUCUACCUCUGCCGUUGCGGAAACAAUCACGCCGCCGCUCAACCCUGUCGUUCUCUCUCUUUAUUUCUUUCGCAUUCACGAGCGGCACGAUAAAGGUUACCUGGUCGAUUUCAAGGUCAUGCGGAAUGCCAUGGUCGGCGCAGACCUCGUGCUCCUCCUCUCCGAUGCGCUGGUCAGGAAGCUGGGCUGA